GAAAUGAAAGAUCCAAAUGGCAAGAUGGUCUGAAACGGUCCGUUACACAUCGCUUUUAGUUAUUUGCUCAAUUUUCCACACACCUCUCAGCUCACCGCUUCCCCCAACUAUAACAUCCUUUAUAUAUAUAUUCUCCCUAAAGAAAGAAACCCAAUUUUGUACUCAACAGUUAUGGAAGAGGAGACAAUGAGAGAGGAUAAAACCAUGGUGAUUGAUGUGAAUGAGAAUGAGAAGAAUGUUAAUGGUGGAGUAGUACUAGAGGUGAAAGAAGAACCAGUUAUAUUUAUUGAUGAAGAUGACAUUAUUGGGGAUUUUACUUGUUCAUUGCCAAAGCCUUUGGAUGGGUUACGUGAUGUAGGUCCACCUCCGUUUUUGAAGAAGACGUUUGAAAUGGUGGAUGAUCCAAAUACAGACUCUAUAAUCUCAUGGAGUAACAAUCAAAACAGCUUUGUUGUUUGGGAUCCUCACAAAUUUUCAAUUCAUCUUCUACCUAAACACUUUAAGCACAACAACUUCUCUAGCUUUAUCCGCCAGCUUAAUACCUAUCGUUUCAGGAAAAUUGAUUCAGAUAGAUGGGAAUUUGCGAAUGAGGGUUUUCAGAAAGGGAAGAAGCAUUUGCUGGUAAAUAUCAAGAGAAGAAAGCAGUAUCCUCAACAAGGAGGAGGAGGAGGAGGAGGAGGAGGAGGUUGUUGCAAGGAUGGAACUGAAGCGGCGGAGAUAGAAAAGCUGAAAAAGGAUCACAACACAUUGAAAAUGGAAAUUCUGAAGCUAAAACAACAACAAGAGAGCACUGAUACGUAUUUAACUACUAUGAAGGAGAGGUUACAGAAUAGUGAAACUAAGCAAAAAUAUAUGGUGAUCUUCAUGGCGAAAACGUUCGACAACCCUCUGUUUGUUCAGCAUCUGAUUGAGAAGAUGAAACAGGGGAAGACUACAACGGUAGAGAAUGGGACCAAAAAGAGAAGGUGGUAUAGUGAUGAAAAUCAAGAGGAGUACACAACGAUUAAGUCGGAGAUACACACACUUUUCUCUUGUGAUGAAUCAUCGAACAGUCCAGUUGAGGAACAAAAAGGUAAGGGAAAUAAUAACAGCAGCCCAGAGAUGGUAUCUGAGAACUAUAUAUUGUGGGAGAAGCUGAUGGAAGAUGACAUGAUUUGUGAGAAUGGAGCAGAAACAGAUAAGUAUCAAAGUGAGAUAGUUCUUGAACUUGAGGAUUUGAUCUCAAACCCAUCCGAGUGCAAGUGUAUGCCUUAAAUUAGCGAUGGUCCAACAACUAGUUAGCAUAAGAAGAUCACAAUGAAUGUUUAUCAGUUGGUAGUAACUAACAAUGUAUAAAGGUUUUUACAGAAGAUGAAGAAAACAAAUUAGUUUGAUAGGGGUUUGGUGCAGCAGAGGAGAAUAUUAAUAUUAAUGUAGAACCAGAAUAUGAAUGUUAGUUUCAUGCAUAGUAUUAGUAGUAAUUAUAAUAUGGUCUU